AAAGAAGAAAGAGAGUUGAGAAAAGAAAAUAGGAAAAAGAAAAGGGACAGAACAAAAACCCCACCAGGAAGAAGAAGACGAAGACGGAGAAGGGGGGAUCGGGUUUUGGUUUUGAAGUUGGAAAAUGAACGGCGGUCCAUCUGGUUUCCACAAUGCAUCCGUUACAAGAGCAUUCGUCAUUGCUUGUGCUCUAUUCACGAUCUUCUUUGGGAUCCAAGGUCGUCCUAACAAGCUCGGAUUGUCAUAUCAGGAUAUUUUCAAAAAGCUUCAGCUUUGGAAGCUAAUUGUCUCAGUUUUUGCCUUCUCAUCUACACCAGAACUGAUGUUUGGACUGUAUUUGCUAUACUACUUCAGGGUUUUUGAGAGACAGAUAGGUUCGAAUAAGUACUCAGUUUUUAUCAUGUUCUCUAUUAUAGUUUCAUUACUGUUCGAGAUCCUUGCUCUAUCACUCUUUAAAGAACCCACCUUAAACUUGCUCACAUCUGGACCUUAUGGUCUUAUAUUCUCUUCGUUUGUACCCUUCUACUUCGACAUUCCAAUUUCAACACGGUACCGUGUAUUUGGCAUCCGAUUCACUGAUAAAUCUUUCAUAUAUUUAGCCGGUCUUCAGCUUCUUUUGUCAUCCUGGAAAAGAUCUAUCUUGCCAGGGAUAUGCGGCAUCCUUGCUGGUUCCUUAUAUCGCCUAAAUUUCUUUCACAUCCGCAAGAUGAAGUUUCCUGAAUUCAUCAGCUCAUUCUUCUCGCGGCUUUCUUCACCAGCAACAGGGAGCUCCUCAACUGCAGCACCAUCCAGGAAUAUUCUAGGAAAUGCACCAUCCUAUGCUGGUCGCCAAGUGGAGGGCAACUAUCCUUCCAGCAUGGGGGCAGCCACCAUAGAGCCACCAGAAGACGCCAUUGCCACUCUGGUUUCAAUGGGCUUUGACAGGAACUCUGCCAGGCAAGCGCUCGUCCAUGCUAGAAAUGAUGUCAAUGCAGCUACUAACAUCCUUCUUGAAGCACAAUCCCAUUAAUUUUAAUGGAAAUUUGGCUUAGCAAAAGGAAACUCGGGAUUGUUUUGAAAGAAGGAUGGAUUGGAAAUGGGAACCCAAACAGAUCUGCUCUUGGGAACCAUCAAGGCACUAAUUGAUAACUUUCUGCAAGAUUUUUCUUUCUUUUGUCCACCCCCCGUCUAUGGCAAAUUCGUAGGUAAUAGUUUUGAGACCAGUAUUGAUAUACUAUGGGGUUUAUAGGAGCCUGUACCAUUCUUUACACCACAUGGAACACGCAUAUCAUCUUUCCAUAGAGACUCAGAUAUGCAUAGCUGCAGGCUGUUCAUGCUGACAUGUUUGUAAAAAUGUUUAAUUUCUGUUUUUAGAGCCAGCCACUUGAGAAAAAAUUUAUAUUCUUUGUACCCAGAUAUACACCAUGUGUUUUCUGAUAGUUGCGUGCUCUAGUUGGAUUA